CAUGCCCCCACUUCUCGUAAACUUGGUUGACUCUUCGUGGAACGAAGUUAACGAUAGCCUGCCCUACUCAACUCUGUACUGCAGCAUGGAGAGUGCAGAAGAUGGUGACCAGAGCAGGACUGGGGAGGCUUCUCCUGCCCAGGCUAGAGCUGAGAGUGCUGCUCAGCAGGUGCCUCGGGAAGAGCAGGGGCAGCUUCUUUACCAGGAGGAAACCAUUGACCUUGGUGGGGAUGACUUUGGGUCUGAAGAGAAUGAGACCAUAUCAGAAGACUCGCAUAAUUUCAUGGAUAAGCUUAAUGAGCACAUGAUGGAGAGCGUCCUCAUUUCUGACUCUCCUAAUAAUAGCGAAGAUGAUGUGGGUGACCUUGGUUGUUUGCAGGAUGUCGUGGAGCCCAUAGAAGGUAAUAACGCUGAUCACAGCCUGGAAAAUAUUCAGGAUAAAGAAGAAAUGGACACUCUGAGUAACAACAGUGAAACUGAUGGGGAUGAUACACCUAAAGAUGUCUCCGACAUGACCCCUGAUAGCAGAGCAUCUUUGAAAGAAGACUCAACACGAGAAGUGAAAGCUGGUCCCAUGAUUGAGAAUGAAGACACUGAGAACUUGGUGCCCAGGAACGAGAAUGCUCACCCAGAAGAGCAGGUGUCGGAAGUGUCUUCCAGUCAGUCCUCUUCUAAAGACCAGCCCAUCCCUGUGUGCACCAUUUUCAGCAAGUCCAGCUCAGCUGCUUCCCACCCUCCCUUGUUCUUGCACAACGGCUUCGAGUCUCAGAUGGUGAAAUCGCCCAGUUUCAGCAGCGCUAGUGAGACCGCAGCCAAGACGCCUCCACAGGUGGUCCAGCCCAGUCCCAGCCUGAGCAAAUUCUUCGGAGAUACAAUCAACACUAAUUCCUUAGCCUCUGACUUCUUUGAUUCCUUCACUACUUCCGCUUUCAUUUCUGUCAGUAAUCCCAACGCAGGCUCUUCAGUUCCAGAGAAAUUGUCUUCACUUGCUGCUCCAGUGGGAGAAACUUCCCCCGAUUCUGCUGACCCUUCUUACUCUGCAGGAAUUGAAAGAUCAGAAUCCGGUGUUUCUACAGCUUCUCUAGAAAUUCCUGAGUCUCCAAAACCGUUUUCACAAAUACAGGCCGUAUUUGCAGGGAGCGAUGACCCCUUUGCCACUGCCCUGAGCAUGAGCGAGAUGGACCGAAGGAAUGAUGCGUGGCUUCCCAGCGAGGGGACCAGGGAUGUCCUCAUCUCAGUAGCCACCCAGCAGUAUGGCACCGUGUUCAUAGACAAGGAGAACCUCACCAUGCCAGGCCUCAAGUUUGACAACAUUCAGGGAGAUGCAGUUAGAGAUUUGAUGCUUCGCUUCCUGGGUGAAAAAGCUGCAGCAAAGAGACAGGUCUUAAAUGCCAACUCAGUGGAACAGUCUUUUGUUGGAUUGAAACAGCUCAUC